AUGUAUGGAAACCGUAAAAAAUCGUUAGCUAUUUAUACUAUUAAUCGCAGUGGUAGUGUUAUCAUUAACCACUCCCUACAGAGCAAUAUUCGAAAUUUGCUUUCUAAUAAAAGUUCCUGUGACGUUAAACUCCGAGUGAGAGAUGAGAUUGAAGAAGCUCACAAGUCAAUUCUAGUCGCUCGGUCUCCGGUAUUUCAUGAAAUGUUCCAACAAGAAAUGCUUGAAAUAGUGGAUAUCCAUGACGUCGAUAUUGCCACUCUUAAGUUGUUGCUGAACUUUUUCUACUCUGAUACAGUGGAAAAAAUGGAUUAUAACUGUGUCAAAAAACUAGUGAUCGCUGCCCAUUGCUAUGGUGUUCCUCACCUGAAGGAAAUUUGCGCAUCCUCUUUGGAGUCUGAUAUGUCCGAGAAAAACGCUUGUGAAAUAGCAUUACUUGCAGAAAGAGUUCACCAUGCAGACUUGAAGUCUUUUGCGCUGCAUUUUAUCGCUUAUCAUCACACGGAUAUUUUCAUCCAGCCGGAUUGGUUAUCCUGGAGUAAAUAUAAUAUGGAAUUGGCGGCAGAGGUAUUUCAGAAAUUGACCGAACAGCAAAAAAAUUGA